UUCGUCGGCUUCGGAGAAGCCCGCAUUUUGGAAAACUACGUCUGUAAAUCUCAAAUUUUCUGACGUCUCUACGUCUCCAGAUACUCGAGGCCAAAUGGCUUCACAAAGUACAGUGCCGAAGCUGUACAUGUCUGUAGUGGAGGAUGUCAUUACCAAUGUAAGGGAGUCCUUCCAGGAUGAGCAGGUGGAUGACCAGGUUCUGGAGGAACUCAAACAGUUAUGGGUGUCCAAACUUAAGCAGGCCAAAGCAUUUGAGACAGUAAGCGCAGAGCCUGAGCCCAUACUGCCAACCACAUUCAUGAUGCAGCAACAUCAUCAGCUAGCUCAGCCCGUUCAACCAGCUGUGACAGCGUCAACAAUUCCGCAACAGAUACAGCAUGUUCCUCUCCAGAUAUCAUCAGCAGAACUUAGUGGAGCUGCUGGGGCAGCAACUAUGGCUUUACCAGCUGGGAUUUUCCAACAACAGCUGGCUGCAUUAACAGCAGGGGGGAUAACUUUACAGCAUACAGGUGCGAGUCAGUACAUCCAUGUGAUGCCUGGUCUCCCUCCAGGGGCAGCAGGUCAGCCUCAGGUCAUGUCCUCUAUUAAUCUGGCUCAGCCAGCCGCAUUAACCACAGCUCACCUACAGGCCCAGCCAGCCCAGCAGGUCCAGAUCGCACAACAACCACAGCAUCAGCAGAACAUAGUGCAACUGGAUGGUGCCGGAGACACGAGUUCUGAGGAGGAGGAGGAUUUUGACAAUGAUGACAAUGACGAUGAUCAUGAAGAGGAACAGAAUGAGGAGGAUAACGAGUUCCAAGGGGAGGAGGAGGAGCCUUUAAACUCAGAAGAUGAUGUCAGUGAUGAAGACCCAGGUGAUUUGUUUGACACAGACAAUGUGGUGGUGUGUCAGUAUGAUAAGAUAAACAGAAGUAAAAGCAAAUGGAAAUUUCAUCUGAAGGAUGGUAUAAUGAACCUGAACAGCAGAGACUAUGUUUUUCAAAAAGCUACUGGAGAUGCGGAAUGGUGAAGUGUUUUUUUUACUGUGGCACCCCGUCAGACAUUUCGCUGGACAUGUGGAAUAUUUGAUUACACCACACUGGCUAGACUCAGACUGUUACUAAUAUGUGGAAUGUGACCGUGUACUUCUGCGUCAAGAUUUGUAGGAAGA